AAUAUUAUAAUUGUUCAGGAGUUUUCCGAGCUGAAAAGUAGACGCUCAGAUGUCAAGCUUCUCGUCUGUCUCACAGGACCUAAUGAAGCGUUCUCAACUCUCGUAUCAUCAUCCGAUAAAAUUAUCAGUUUUGCUGACGCCUCACUUAAAUACCUCAAACAGUUCUCUUUGGAUGGUAUGGAUAUCGACUGGGAGUUUCCGAGUUGGAGUUCGGACUCCCACAGAACUGAUAGGAACCGCUUUCCCAUCCUUCUCAAGACGAUGCGUGACAGAUUCGGCUCGUCCUUCUUGCUGACAGUGGCCGUCUCGGGACCACCGACCAUAUCAAGAGUUGCCUAUGACACCGCGGCAUUCAACAAGUACGUGGAUUUGGUGCAGGUGAUGAACUACGAUUUCCACAUCUUCUCCUAUGCUCAUCCAAUUGUCGGAUUCAACGCGCCCUUGAGGCGAAUCACAGCUGAGCUGGGCGUCGUUGGCGAGAUGAACUCGGAAGCAUCGAUGGCUACAUGGGCCAAAAUGGGAUUGUGGAACAAUAAAACGAUUUUCGGGAUUCCGACGUACGGCAGAGGAUUUCGUCUAGUGAACUGGCGAGUGAACAAGCCGUACUCGUUGGCAACAGGUGCUGUCGAUGACAUCACCAAUUAUCCGCAGGUGAGUAUGGAAAGCACCUUCCUCUAUUAA